AUGGAGAGUAAGGAGAGCGGGGAGAGGAUGGAGAAGGUGGAGGUGGGCGACGGCGGGAAGAAGCCGGAGGAGGGGACCAAGCAGGCGGCGGCGCCGGUGUGCUUCAAGAAGCCGGCGGGCGAGGACACCGGCAUCCUGGAGACCACCAAGGACUACUUCAAGCAGCUCAAGGACACCAGCGCCGACACGCACUGGGACUGCAUCAAGAACCGGUUCCGCGCCGCCGGCGACUACAUCUCCAACAAGACCAGCUCGGUGGCGAUUAACCUGUACAGGCAUCCGGAUUUCCUGAUUCUUGCUGUCAAAGUUGGGGUAACCUUGCUAGUUGCUGCCUCUGUGUUUGGCAGGCAGAAGGUGGAGCCUGAGGCCAAGGAGGAGACCCCGGGGGCGAAGCCAGAAGGGGCACCGGCGGCAGCUGAGACUCAGUGA